AUGGCUGCGUUUUCCAAUUUCAUACCGACACUUCUAUUAUUCAUCACCCUCUUUUUUACACCCGGGUUGUGCUACAUCAACCCAGCUAUCGAACGGGCACAAAAGAAUACCACAGAAACCUCUGCAUAUCGCACUUAUAUCGUGCUUGUCGAUCCACCGCGCUCGAGUGCCAGGGAGGAGGAUCACCGCCGGUGGCAUGAGUCUUUCUUGCUAGGCUCGUGUGGCGGUGAAUCUAGCAGGCUACGUCUUCUCCACUCCUACACCCAAGUAUUUAGCGGCUUUGCCGCGAGGCUCACAGGGGCUGAGCUCGAUGCGGUGGCCAAGAAGCCAGGGUUCGUGCGAGCGUUCCCAGAGCGAACACUGCAACUCAUGACCACGCACACACCCGAGUUCCUAGGUCUGAGGAAUGGCACUGGGUUCUGGAGCAACGCCAAAUAUGGGAAGGGAGUUAUCGUCGGGUUGCUGGACACCGGCAUCUAUGCAGCACACCCUUCCUUCAAUGACCAUGGCGUCCCACCACCCCCAUCACGGUGGAAGGGGUCGUGCAAGAUGGCCGGCUGCAACAACAAACUUAUUGGUGCCAAGUCACUUGUUGGGAACGAGGAUCCUGAUGACACAUCGGGGCAUGGGACGCACACCUCAUCCAUAGUCGCCGGGAACUUCGUCCCUGGCGCAUCAUAUCAUGGCAUCGGCACAGGCACCGCUGCUGGAAUAGCUCCUGGAGCCCACAUCGCCAUGUACAAGGUAUGCAAAAAUGAUGGAUGUGAUGAUUCUGCCAUACUGGCUGGACUGGAUGCGGCCAUCAAGGAUGGGGUGGAUGUCCUCUCACUCUCCCAUGGCUUCGGCAAGGGUGUGCGCUUUGAUCAGGACCCCAUCGCCAUCGGCGCGUUUAGUGCCAUAUCCAAGGGCAUCACCGUGGUGUGUGCGGCUGGCAAUGAAGGUCCCACGUCAGGCUUUCUCAGCAAUGAUGCUCCAUGGUUGCUCACAGUCGCUGCCGGCUCGGUGGAUCGGAGCUUUCAGGCCGAAGUGUGUCUUGGCAAUGGCAAGCGUAUCUAUGGACAAGCGCUUACCCAGGAAGCUAAGCCAAGCUCAAAGUCAUAUCCUCUCAUCUUCUCCGAGAAAUUUCGGUACUGCGAAUAUGACGAGGACAAUGCCAUCGUCGGUAAGAUCCUUGUUUGUGAAAGCAUGUCGGAGAAGAAUCAGUACUAUAAGAUCCCCCACUUAAUGAUUGCUGGCGCGGCUGGUGUGGUGUUAUUCAACAACAAGGUCAAUGGCUACACCAUAGAUCUUCUGGAUUACAACUCUAGAGUGGUGCAGGUAACCGAGGUCGAUGGUGUCAUCCUCACAUCUUAUGUGUCGUCGCCAGGGACCAACUCGGUGGCUGCUAUCACGUACAACAACACAUUGGUUGGUAUCCACCCGGCCCCCGUCGUAGCGUCGUUCUCUUCCCGAGGUCCAAGCACGAUCGACGCCGGUGUGCUCAAGCCAGAUAUAUUGGCACCAGGGCUCAAUAUCCUAGCCGCAUGGCGGCGGGAGAUGGGAUCUACAUGGGAACCUUAUAACAUCAUAUCCGGCACUUCCAUGGCAACUCCACACGUUAGUGGUGUUGUCGCGCUUAUCAAGAGCAUACAUCCUACCUGGUCACCGGCUGCCAUCAAGUCUGCCAUCUUGACAACAUCAGACAUCGUCGAUAGCAGAGGUGGACCGAUCUUGGACCAUCGAUACAUGAAAGCGAGUGCAUAUGACACAGGAGCUGGACAUGUGAACCCCACCAGAGCAGCUGACCCUGGUCUAGUGUAUGACCUUAGCAUUGGUGACUAUGCAGGUUAUAUUUGUUGGCUCCUUGGCGACCAUGGCCUGGCAACCAUCAUGCAGAAGCACAACUCAAGCCUGAAUUGCGCAACGCUACCAAAGAUCAAGAACACGCAGCUCAACUACCCGAUGAUUACGGUGCCUAUGACGUCGAUGCCAUUCACCGUGAAUCGAACGGUGACGAAUGUCGGACCAUCAAAGUCGACCUAUACGGUGAAGGUGGAUGCAUCCAAAUCAAUGGUGGUGCAUGUCUUUCCGGAGAAGCUGACGUUCUCCAAGGUUGGAGAGAAGAAAACAUUUAGCUUGACAGUGAGCAGUCACGUGGUGGGUAAAGAAGAAUCUGUGGAAGGAAGCUUGAGAUGGGUGUCAGAGAAGCAUGUCGUGCGAAGCCCCAUCGUCGCAUCCAUCAGAGUGAAAGAUAGUUAUUCCGCAUCGGCACCAUUUUAG